UGAUAAGGGGAGGAAUUGGUGUUUAAUUCAUGUUCGCGUGGGGUGUAAACUGCAGAAAUAUUCGCCAACACAACAUGAAAGUGUCUGUCAAUCUGGCCAGGGGCCUCUUCAAUGCCCUAAAGACGGCACCCCCCGCACUGGCAAGAUCGCAUUUUACUUACUACCCCACAACGGCGACUUCGGAUAAGGGGGAUCUGCAGAAAAUGAACAUGUUUCAGGCCAUAAACCAGGCCAUGGAUAUAGCACUGGACGAGGAUCCGUCUGCACUGCUGUUUGGCGAAGAUGUUGGCUUUGGCGGCGUCUUCCGCUGCUCUAUGAAUCUCCGUGAUAAAUAUGGAAAGCAGCGUGUGUUUAACACUCCGCUUUGCGAGCAGGGAAUUGCCGGAUUUGCGAUUGGUGUAGCAAAUGCGGGCGCCACGGCGAUAGCGGAAAUCCAGUUUGCCGACUAUAUAUUUCCAGCUUUCGAUCAGAUCGUAAACGAGGCGGCCAAAUAUCGUUAUAGAAGCGGUGGCAUGUACGAUUGCGGCUCGCUCACUAUUCGCGCUCCAUGCGGAGCAGUCGGACAUGGUGCCCUCUAUCACUCCCAAAGUCCGGAGGCGUAUUUUGCCCACACACCUGGCCUCAAAGUCGUCAUACCUCGUGGGCCAAUCAAGGCUAAGGGCUUGCUGCUCGCCUGCAUCAAAGAUCCCAAUCCCUGUAUUGUUUUUGAACCCAAAACCCUAUACCGGGCGGCUGUGGAGCAGGUCCCUACGGGCGUCUACACGUCAGAGCUGGGCAAAGCCGAUAUUUUACGUGAAGGCAAUGACGUAACUCUAAUCGGUUGGGGCACACAAGUCCAUGUGCUGCUCGAGGUGGCUGAUCUGGCGAAGAAGGAGCUAAAUGUUGAUUGUGAGGUCAUCGACUUGGUAUCCAUUCUACCUUGGGAUCGUGACACUGUUUGCAAUAGUGCCAGCAAAACUGGACGCGUUGUUGUGGCCCAUGAAGCGCCCUACACUCAAGGCUUUGGCUCCGAACUGGCAGCUUAUAUACAAGAGAAGUGCUUUCUGCGCCUGGAGGCACCAGUUAAGAGAGUCACUGGCUGGGAUACGCCAUUCCCCCAUGUCUUCGAACCCUUCUACUUACCGGACAAACAUCGCUGUCUGGCUGCUGUCAAAGAUAUUGUCAAUUAUUGAUGAGCUGUGAAUUUGGAUUGAUUUAAACGAAACGGAUGCAUUUAUCUACGGACUUUACUUUUAACUCCUAAGGUGUACAAUUUUAACGGGCUUUUCACCACAUUAUGCGGGGAAACCAAUAAAAUGCUGGGCAUAGAAAAUUUGUUUUCAAAUAUAAUUCAAUGUUGAA